AUGACGACGACGACGAUGACGCGCGUCUCGGCGCCUGGAAAGGUCUUGAUCGCUGGCGGCUACUUGGUGCUGGAGCCGCAGUACGCUGGCGCCGUUCUCGCCGCUAGCUCUCGCUUCCACACGGCGGUCUCGCUCGAUGCGUCGGCGACGCCGUCGUCUGCGCUGGCGGUGACUGUGCACAGCCCGCAGUUCCACCAAGUGUUGACCGGUGUCCUCUCGGCCGACGCCUUUGAGCUCUCGCCGCAGAGUCCGGCCAACCCGUACGUCGAGAAGACGCUGCAGGUGUGUGCCAAGGCGCUGCACGGCCUUCUUGGCCCAGCGUUCGGCGCCAAGCUGGCGUCGCUGGCGAAAACGCACUCGCUGCGCAUUACGCUCGAAGCCGACAAUGACUUUUACUCGCAAAGUGCGCAGCUACUCGAGCGUGGCCUGCCCGUGACGCGCGAACACCUUGCCAAGCUCCCGGCCUUUCUUCCGUGCCCACUGGACGCCUCUGGGACUCCGGUCAUUGCCAAGACGGGCAUGGGCAGCUCGGCGGCGCUCAUCACGUCGCUCGUCGGUGCCGUCUUGCGCUUUUUUGGUGCAGUGACGCUUCCGACGGCGCAGUCGACGGCGGUGACGCCCGGCGUCGACAUCGUGCACCACCUCGCGCAGAUUGCGCACUCGAUUGCGCAAGACAAGAUUGGCAGUGGCUUUGACGUCUCGGCCGCGGCGUACGGCAACCAGUGCUACAACCGCUUUUCGCCCGAGCGCGUCCAAUCGUUUGUGGCGCAGAAGAAUCUGUCGGCGAUCGCACCGGCCGACCUCGCCGCCUGCAUCCAGUCGCGCUGGGACAACGUCGUCAAACCGUUUGGGCUGCCCCACAACAUGCACAUGAUCAUGGGCGACGUCAACGCCGGGUCGGCCACGGUCUCGAUGGUCCGCCAGGUCUUGGCGUGGAAGAAGGCUGACGCAGCGGGCUCGCACGCCCUCUGGGAAACGCUCAACGCCAAGAACAUGCAGAUCGUCGCCCAAUUUGAAGCCCUCCCGGCGGUGGCCGACGAUGUUUGGGCGCGCCUCGCCGAGGCGCCGUCGACCUCGUGGGUGCACCUAAACGCCGUGCUCGGUGCUGCCUUGCUCGCAAUGCGCGCGACAUUCGAGGAGAUUCGCCACCUCUUGCGGACGAUGGGGUCGGCGGCAGGCGUCGCGAUCGAGCCCGAGGAGCAAACCGCGCUAAUUGACGCGACCAUGCGCGUGCCCGGUGUGCUCUUUGGCGGCGUGCCCGGUGCCGGCGGCAACGAUGCCAUCUUCGCACUCGUGCUGCACCCGUCCGUGCUGCCGCGCGUGGAAACCUUCUGGUCGACGUGGACCGCCACCCGUGUCAGCGCGCUCCUCGUCGACGUGGCCAAGAGCGGUGUCCAAGGUGGGCUACUUGAAGAAGCCGUUGCGAUCUAGCUCCAACGGCCACAGAAAAGCGCACGCCCCGCUGCGUGUCCAUGCAAUGGGCACCUUGGUAAUGCAGUCAAGGCGACGGGUGAUCGUCGACCAACGUCUUGCAAUCCUAAUGUCGCAACACUGACGCACGGCCGUCGCUGGCAAAGCAACG